GAUGAUCGUGCGGUGGCGGUGGCUGUAGUUUUUAAGAGCAGGAUACACAGAAGGACAGAAAAUAAGGAAAAUACAUAAAACUCCGUGGGGAUUUACGAAGGGACAAUCGGGCCUGCAUUUGAUUCGUUAAAGGAGACAAAAAAAACAGAGCAUCAGCUUUUUCUGCAAAGUUGAGGAAAGAAGGAUGUCGGCCAGAGGGGGGAAGAAGAAGAGUACCAAGCUCUCGCGCUCAGCCCGGGCGGGAGUCAUUUUUCCUGUGGGGAGAAUGAUGAGGUACCUCCGGACAGGGACCCACAAGUACCGCAUCGGCAUGGGUGCUCCCGUCUACAUGGCGGCUGUCAUAGAGUAUCUGGCAGCUGAGAUUCUUGAGCUGGCAGGGAAUGCAGCGCGGGACAAUAAAAAAGGCAGAAUAACUCCACGUCACAUCAAGCUCGCAGUAGCCAAUGAUGAGGAGCUGAACCAGCUUCUGCGGGGGGUAACCAUAUCCAACGGAGGGGUCCUGCCCCGGAUUCACCCCGAGCUUCUGUCCAAGAAGAGGGGCAGCCGGGUCAAGGUGGACACCCAGGUGACCGUGCCAGAGAAGAGAUCAGGCCGAGUCAAGAGCGCCAAGAAGCCCUCCAGCAAAAGAGGCAAGGGGAAACCUGGCCGGAAACCAAAGAAAAACAUGGAAAACGACAAAGAAGUGGCAUCCAAUUCCACGUCGGAAGAUGGGCCAGGAGACGGCUUCACUGUCCUCUCGGCGAAGAGCUUGUUCCUGGGACAGAAGCUUUCUUUGACAGAAAGUGAAAUCAGCAAAAUUGGGUCCAUCCAAGUGGAGGGGAUCAUCAACCCCACAAAUGCAGAUAUCGACCUGAAAGACGGUGUAGGCAAUGCCCUAGAAAAAGCAGGGGGAAGAGAGUUUCUGGAGUCAGUAAAAGAGCUUCGGAAAUCCCAGGGUCCUCUAGAGGUGGCUUCAGUCGCGGUCAGCCAAGCCAGUGGCCUGGCUGCCCAGUUUGUGAUCCACUGCAACAUCCCGCAGUGGGGCUCAGAGAAGUGCGAGGACCAGCUGGAGAAGACGGUCAAGAACUGCCUGUCCGCUGCCGAGGAGAAGAAACUCAAGUCCGUGGCCUUUCCCUCCCUCCCUGCCGGCCGGAAUGGUUUUCCAAAGCAGACAGCAGCCCAAUUGAUUCUCAAGGCCAUCUCCAAUCAUUUUGUGUCUUCAACAACCUCCUCCCUUAAAAACAUCUAUUUUGUACUGUUUGACAGUGAGAGCAUUGGCAUUUAUCUGCAGGAAAUGGCUAAAAUGGACGCCAAAUGAAGAUUUUUUUUUUUUUUUUUUUUUUACACAAGUGUAAUACUGUUUCAGGUGGAUUUUUUGCAACCGGUAUAGCGCGGUAUUGGAGGAUCCAGCAAGUAGAGGUUUUUAAAAUGACAACGGUAGUUUUUGUGAGGGGGACAAUGUGAGUGAAGUACUGUAUGCAUUUACAUUACACUGUUUUCUCAUUUAAAAAAAAAUUGCAUUCAUAUAGAGUAGAUUAAUUUAAUCCCAUGGCGUGUCUUUUUGUUUUUUCCUUUUACCAAUUUGUUUUUACAUUCCAUGUAUAAAGAAAUUUUAAAUGACCCUUGUUAUCCCUCUUGGAUUCCCUCUGUAGUUUCUGAUAAUGUUAGUUUACUAAGAAAAAGUGUUUCUCAUUCUGCUUUGAAAUAAAAACCAGAUGUUUUA